AAAUUAUGUCAAAGUCUUGGAGCAAAAUUGGUUGAGAUUGAUACGAAAGAAGAAAACGACUGUAUUGUCCAUGAGAUACAGUCCAUAGAUUUUGGCACAGCUUGGAUAGGAUUGACUGAUAAUGGAACUGAGGGGCAGUGGCGAUGGUCUACCAAUAGGGCUCCUGGUUCAUUCAGAAACUGGGCGAGCGGUAAUCCUGACAACUAUCUGGGAG